AUGUUACUCGCGCAUGACGCGUAUCAAGCUAGGAUGCAUCGUCUUUUUACUGAGCUGGAGCCAUCUAUUACCGUCACCGAGCAAAACGUGGCAGACCGAGUUCGGUAUAUCGUACGGUCAAAUAUAUUCGAUAGCGCCGAACUCGAACGGCUACGACGUGAGGCUAUUCCCUUGUCAAAUGAAAAUGCUACGACUGAGGAUGCGGUGCCACAAGUUGCAGAACAACCCGCAUACGUGGAUGCCGCCGUGAAUACCGCAGUGGUUGCUGAUUCAAAUGAUGAUGGGACAUUCACCCAAGAACUAGAAAUGGAGCAAAUGAGGAGUACAUUGGAAAAGGCGAUUGGGGAAACGCGGAGUACGCCUCUCAAAAAAUCGACCACGAUUUCCCCGCAUAGCCCUAAGCAAGCAGAAUCUGGCUGUCGUGAGGGCUCUGAACCCAAUGCUGGUGGCCUAUUUGGAAGCCAGCCGGGACCCUUGCAAGACGGACUCAAUUCUUUUUGGCGCCGCGCUGGCAGUCUGCCAUAUUAUAUGCGCCAAGGUUUCCACGGCUGGACGCGCUACUGGCUAAAGUAA